UCAAAUUACAGUUUUUAGUAUUUGGUUGUGUAUUACUAUAGUAGUGAUUGAUGAGUUUUUCACAAAAGUUUUUUCUUUAUGUUGUAGUUUUAUAUUUUAUUUUGAUGGUACGCCGCUGUAAUGUUUCAUAUGUUAUGCUGUCAACUGAGUAUUUUGCUUUCUGCGGAGUCCUAAUGUGCUAGUGGUCCUUAUUUCAUCAUAAAGUUAUUUAAACAUACAGGUUUACUGCUGUUGGAGUUGGUCAACUAGCAACAUGAGCUAUGGCUGCAGAACCUCGUUCAUCAGAAACUGUGCGUGGAACCUGUACUGCUAUGUGCCCAGAACCAGAGAGGAAGCAAAGGGAAAGGCAGAAGAGGCUUCACAAAUUUGAAAUGCUUGCUGGGACUGAAAAUUAUAUGGUUCCCACUGCUGAUCCAGAUAAAACUGUUAAAGAGUACACCAGACCAGCAGCUGGGAAGGAGAGAGUUCAACCCAGUGAACUUCGGCCACCUGCCAUCUUGCUUAAAACUGUCCAGUAUUUAGUGGAGGAGAUAGUCCCAAAAACUGAUGUUCCGUGGGUAGAGGUCUACAAUUUUGUGUUUGAUAGGCUGCGUAGUAUCAAGCAGGACAUGACCAUUCAGCAAGUUAAAGGCAAAUCUUGUGUGUCUGUUUUGGAAGUAUCUUUAAGAUUUCUCAUUUUUUCAUCAUACAGACUGUGUGAAGAGCCACUUGGAUCCUUUGACCCAAAGAUAAAUGAUACUCAUGUUCAAGAAUGUUUUAGUCGUUUGUUGAGUAGCUAUGAGUUGGGAGAGCAUAAGAAUGAGCCAGAGUUCCAGUCCCUUUUCCUGCUGUACAACCUUGGUCUUUACAAAGCCUUCCAUCAUGUCUUGCUUCUGUCAACAAGCAUCAGAGAAUCUCCUGUGGUUAAACUAGCUGUUGCAGUCAACAGAGCUUAUUUAGAGAUAAAUUAUGUCCUCUUUUUUCGCCUCAUUCGGAAACUAAGCUUCCUGCAGAGUUGUGCUGUACAUCGUCACAUUGAAGACUCCAGGCAGAAGAUGCUUCAGAUGUAUAACCAUGCUUUCAGCAGCAAAAACUGCAGCUACCCUUUACUCCAUCUGACCCAUCUUCUGGCACUGGACAGUCCAGCAGCGACAGUUGAUGUUUGUAAAAAACAUGGGAUUGUAGUAGACUGUACGGUGCAUUUCUUAAAAACUACAUUCAAAAAUCCUGGACUUCUAACAUGCAAGCGUUCAUUUGAAUUGAUUGAUAAGAAACAAGGUGACAGAACCUUAUCCGAUAUCAUAAAGGGUGAUUAUCCUGAAUGUACUUGAAUUUCAUAGUAAGAGGUAGUGGAUGUAAAAACACUUAUGGUAUUUAAUUUGACAUUUACAAGUAUUAAUCAGAACGAAUUGUCUUAAUGUGCAAAGCCCUUGGUAAGUAAACCUCUGGGAUUACAUUAAAUGCAGUCCCUAGCCUUAGGACUACUGUUACCAUCAUGUUUUUUAUAUUGCUUUGGAGCUUGCCACUAAUAAGUUCACAAAAUGAUUAGCAGUGUUAUUUCUCUCAUCUGUUGGCAGGUUUUCCAUUUCAAAUGGUAACCGUUGUCGUGAUCUUGUACUGUUCUGCUCUGUGUGCGUGUCUUUUUUAAAUUUUUUUUUUUUUAACAUUUGCAAACUGCACUGUAUAUAGUUAUAACCUUACCAGUAGAUUUAUUUUGUAGAAUGGUAGUUUGACAGACUUUUCUGUCAUUCAGGAAAUCAUCUUUCCUGUAGACUUUGUUUUGCAAGUGCAGUGUUUGCUGUGGUCUUUGUUCUAGCCCUCAGUUUGGGUUUUCGCACUUUGAGCUGCAGCAGAAGGAGAGCUAGGGGGCCUGCAGGUACAGGUUGCUUUUUCCUCUCCAGGUUGUUUUAUUUUGUUAUGUGUAAUUAAACUGAGGCUGGUUAUUUUGAAUUGGCACCAGUUAUGUUUUGUACUUGAUGCAGUCCAUUUCCUCCUCUUAGUACUAAAGCAUUCUGGGUAUGCAUCAACCUGAUAGAUUCAUGUAAUAAAACUACUGGACCAAUUAUGUCUGACAGGUGCCAUUGAAAGCUUCUACUGUGUCUCAGAAGAGCACUUGAAAUGCAACCUUUUUCAAAUCCCUUCAUAUUUUCAGGCAAGUUAGACUCAACAUAUCUUGCACUGUUUGCUUUUUUUUCACUUGUUUAUAUUUUCACAAAUGUGCCUCAUACCAUGCUAUCAAAAGCCUUGUUUUAGGUAAACCCAGUUAAAUUUGCACUUUGAUUCCUUAAGCAUCCCAUAAAAAAUGAGACCCUUCUAAAGAUUUUGACUUGACAAAUUUGGACUUUAGUCCAGAGAUGUAUUGGUAUUCAUUCAAGCAGUGGGUUGUUUAACUUGUAUUUCCAAAGUCUGAGCCUUAAUUCAUUGUAUAGCAGUAUGUCUUGAAUUCUUUGAGGGCUGGAGAAGGUUCUAUGAUGUGUGCUGCUGUGGAAACUAGGCAAGGGAUAUGACAUCUGUAUAUGUUGUCAUAGGUAAGACCACAUGCACACACAAGUUUGGCAUAUUUUUUUAAUUUCUAUCACUGCACAUGAACUAGAAAGAUGAAAAUGAGCUAGAUAUUGACCAAAUGACAGUUAACUCCCUUGAAGUGCCACUGUUUCCUACUGCUGUGUUGAGCAAGCCUAUUUUCUCCAUGGUUGAAGUAAGAGUAAAGUUCCUCUCAGAAGUGGCC